AUGGCUUCAAAGAAUGAUUCAGAAUCAAUCGAAGUUUCGGAAUCAGAGAAGGCUUCGGAAACAAAGAAACUUUCGGAACUGGAAGUGAACCUUAAAAUAGUUAAAAGACUUUUGAGUGAGAAUUUGUAUACAUAUGAUUCUCUAAUCGAACAACUCAAGGCACAUAAUUUUUUUGUUGUUGGCUUGUGUUUUCUAUGUAUCCUUCUUGGGAUUAUUCUAUUACUUAUAAAGAAAGAUAUUUUGGAUAUUUCAUUUGUUGGGAAUGUUGUUGUGUCUUCCAUUACGCUUAUUCUUACCGGAAGCAGUGUUAUUAUGACCCUAAAAGAUAUUAUUUCGAAAUCUGAAAAUUCAGGAGAGAGAAGGAAUAAUAUUAUUUUUGAGGAUAAUACUUCUAUGUUCGGAGAACAAGACUUGGAAAUGAUACUUGAUAAAAAUAAAAAAUUGAUAAAGAAAAAUAAAAGUCUGAAAAAUGCAAAAGUUCUUCAAUCUGUAUGGGCUUUCUUCGGUUCCGUUAUCCUUCUUAGUAUUGCCGGAUUCGACUUUCUUACUAUUGUUUCAAAGAAACAUAUCCACAUUGCUUUGGAUAUUACUAUGAUAGUUAUUGGUUGUGUCGGUCUUCUUCAUUGUAUUAGUGUUUGUAUUAUUCUUGGUAUUUUUCCUUUUAUGGAAAAGUGGUUGACAUAUUUAUUUCCUUUUCUUUGUGGUAUUGGUCUUACAAGAAAAAAAAUGCCAAAAGGUGUUCUUUUACCAGAUGAAGAACAAGAAAGUUAUAUAUAUAUUAUUAACGGUAUAAAGAAUGAUUCUCCUAUGUUAUAUAAACUUAUCCAGGAAUUAAAUGCUGAUGAUGAAAAGCCUGGAGAUACUGAUUGGACCACCAAUGCUAAUCCAAAGAUCACUAAGGAUGCGCAAGAGAUCACAAAUGCUGAGCAAGGUCUGAUUCGCCUUUACUAUGACCUGGGAGAAGAGCUAUCAAAACAAACCAUUCCUAUCGUGAAACAAUGUGAUCAGCAUCCCGAAAGGUGCAAAACAUUAUCAGAUAUAGCAUAA